AUGGAGCUUGUACUUACCGGGCUAAUUGGAGAUGCCUGUCUGGUCUACUUGGAUGACAUCAUCAUCGUAGGCCGUAGGUUUGAGGAACACCUUCAAAACCUGGAACUCGUGCUCAUAAAAAUCCAGAGUGCCAACCUCAAGUUGAGUCCGAAGAAGUGCUCACUAUUCAAACGACAAGUUAGCUUUUUGGGGUAUGUAGUGUCGGAAGAAGGUAUCCGCACGGAUCCAGAGAAAAUUGCCGCUGUCAAGGAUUGGCCGGUUCCAAAAGAAAAGACACAGGUUAGAGCAUUUUUGGGUUUGUGCUCUUAUUAUCAGCGAUUUGUGAAGAACUUUGCUGAUAUAGCCAAAACCCUGCACAGGCUAACCGAGGAGAAGCGACAUUUCUGUUGGGAUGAAAGUUUCAAUAUGGCAUUCCAGGAGCUCAAGAACCGUCUGUGCAAAACACCUAUCUUGGGGUACCCUGAUGCGGGCAAGGAAUUUAUAGUUGACACAGACGCAAGUGAUAUAGGACUUGGCGGUGUGUUGUCUCAACGGAAUGGUGAUCAAGAUAUUGUGAUAGCGUACUUCAGCAAGUCGUUGUCAAAGCCGGAAAGGAACUAUUGUGUCACAAGACGGGAAUUGCUUGCUGUGGAAUACGACUUUGUUAUCGAACAUCGCAGCGGGAAAUCUCAUGGCAAUGCAGAUGCGUUGUCAAGAAGACCUUGCCCUAAAGAUUGCAAGCAUUGUACUAGGCAAGCGGGUAACGAAGUGCUAUCUGUGAGGAUACUCCGGACAGACCAGCUCAGCAUUGAGUGGAAGGACAGCCUACAACAUGCACAGCAGGAAGAUUCGGACAUUGAGCCGAUUCUGGAAUGGAUGAAGGCUCCUAAGCCCAAGUGGAGCGACGUCUCAGCAAUGAGUUCGACCACGAAAAGCUAUUGGGCCCAAUGGGACAGCUUGCUGAUUCAGGAUGGAGUCCUGUGCCGUAAAUGGGAAAAUGAUCGGGGAGAGAGGUGUCAUUUGCAAAUGGUUGUCCCUAAGGCUAAAGUACCGGAUGUUCUACAGCUGUACUAUAGUGGUUGUUCAGGAGGCCACCUGGGAGUUAAACGAAGUCUACUGAAGAUCCGAGAAAGGUUUUACUGGGUCCACUGUCGUGACGAUGUCGAGGACUGGUGCCGCAAAUGUACAAGUUGUGCGGCUGUAAAGGGACCUCAAAUUCGUAGUAGAGGCGCAUUGAAAUUGUACAAUGUUGGUGCACCAUGGGAGAGGAUAGCCAUUGACGUUGCGAGGCCGUUUCCGGAAAGUGAAAGUGGUAACAAGUAUUUCAUGGUUGUGAUGGAUUACUUCACUAAGUGGCCAGAAGUCUUCGCCAUUCCAAAUCAAGAAGCUUCAACAGUUGCAGAUAAACUAGUUCAUGAAGUUUUCUGUCGUUUUGGAGUACCUUUAGAGAUUCACAGCGAGCAAGGAAGGAAUUUUGAGCUUCAAAUAUUCCAGGAAACUUGCCGAGUUAUGGGUGCUCAUAAAACACGAACAACUUCUUACCACCCACAAUCUGAUGGAAUGGUAGAACGAUUUAAUCAGACAUUGGAGAGGUACCUAGCAAAAGUUGUGGAAAAACGGCAACGAGACUGGGACAGGCACAUACAACCGUUUUUGGUGUCAUAUCGAAGCGGUGUUCACGAAUGUACAUCAGUGACACCAGCUUUCGCAAACUUUGAGAGAGAAUUACGGCUGCCUGCAGACCUGAUCACCGGAAUACCACCUGAUACCCCACGCAGUAUAAUCGAUUAUGCAAAUGACUUGCGGAACAAAAUGAAUGACAUUUAUGAGCACUUCAGACAGACGGACCAGCAAACGUCUGAGAAGAUGAAAACACGGUAUGACCGCAAAAUGAACAACAAGGGGUUUGAUGAAGGUUCACUAGUGUGGUUACACAAUCCAGUUCGCAGCAAAGGGAAAUCUCCUAAGCUUCAAGCUAAAUGGGACGAACCGUACCGGAUUGUGACAAGGAUCAAUGACGUAACCUACCAGAUACAGAAAGGUGCCAGAGGUACUCCUAAGGUCGUCCAUGGGGAUCGACUGGCGCGUCAUUAUGGGGCCAAUAAUGCUCGGGACGAGCAUGUCUUAGGAGGGGGCAGUGUUGCGCGCCACUAUUAA